AUGUGUCUUUGGUUAUUGACAGCGUGUUUAGGAUUAUUGCCUUCAAAUCCCACACAAAAUGCACAAAUAGUUAUAGUGCAAGGUGUUCCAGCACCAAUCUUGCAGCCAACGGCAGCCCCAACUGCAGCCCCAACUGCAGCCCCAACUACAGUAGCGACUACAGCGACCGCUACUGCUGCUACCACAGUGACAGCUACAGCAGCUACCACAAUGGCGACGACGAGAAUGCCGUCGCCAUCGCCGACAAAUGCAACAAUGAGUUCGGCACCACCAACCCCAAUGACAACCAUGAUGACCACAGCGCAACCGACAACUGUAACCGUCGCUCCAACUACUGCUGCUCCCACAACCGCACCUACAACACGAGCUACUUCUCCUGGGCAGCUGCCGAUUGAUCCCAGACUUGGCUCUACACCAGCGGCAGAAUUCCGACUACCAGCUAUAGAAUACAGUCAAGCAAACCCUUCGUUUGACAGUGCUGUUAAAUUUCCUCGUGAGAAGAGAAGUAUAAAAGAGAACCAAGUUGCGGAUUACGUGUACAGUAAUUUAAACAAUCACAGAAUUCGAAAGAGGCAAAGCAACUGCCGAUGUGUACCUUCUGGCACUUGUAUCAGAUCGUCGGGUAAUGGCAUGAUCGAUAUAAGAAUAGUUACACCCACCAUGAUGCCUUGCCCUGCAGGGCAAGAAUAUUGUUGUGGUGCUACCACGACCGCAACAAUUGCAUGUGGGACUCUGCAGACGCCACCAUCACCUGUAGUAACGCCAGCUGCUGGGCAAGCUAGUUUUGGAGAAUAUCCUUGGCAGGCAUUAAUUUUAACGAAACAGAAUGACUAUAUUGCCGGUGGUGUAUUAAUAGAUCAACGUAACGUUAUAACGGUUAUACAUAGGCUUUCCACAUACAUAGUUUCGGGAACUGCUCCUAAUGUCAAGGUGCGUUUAGGUGAAUGGGAUGCUGUUGGUACCUACGAACCUGUACCUUUCCAGGAAUAUACAGUAACAAAGGUGUUUACUCACCCCUCCUUCAACCCCAAUACGCUGCAAUACGAUAUUGCAGUUUUACGUUUGUCAGCAUCUGUACCUCUGACACCCAUGACGGGUUCAACGAUGACCAUUAAUAGAGCAUGUCUUCCGCCAACAUCAACUACUACAUACACAGGCCAAAGAUGUUGGGUAGCAGGAUGGGGAAAAGAUAUGUUUGGAAUGCAAGGGCAAUUCCAGCAGAUCCUGAAAGAAGUAGAUGUACCGAUAGUUGCUCCUGCCACUUGUCAGGCGCAGUUGCAGGGUGCACGUCUGGGACCGACAUACGUUCUAGACACUACAUCUUUUGUUUGUGCUGGAGGCGAAGCUAAUAAGGAUUCUUGUACUGGUGAUGGAGGAUCAGGUCUGGUAUGUCAAGUGCAGGGGCAGUGGGUCGUUGUGGGGCUGGUUGCGUGGGGACUGGGCUGCGCCAGCGCAAACGUUCCCGCUGCCUAUGUAAAUGUAGCCGCCUUAUUACCUUGGAUACAACAACAAGUCGCUACGGCCUGA